AACGAUGGAAUAUCAGGAAGAAUGGCUAGAAAAUCUUAUAGAAGCUUUUGCAGAAAGGAAAUCUGAUAUACAACAAUUAAAUGAUAGCAAAUCGAAUAAACUGGCCAUACGUAACAGCGAUCUCAUCUUUGCCGAAAGGAAUGAAAUAAAGAUUAUGAGCUUAUCAGAGCUAAAAGCAAGUGAUCCUAGUACUAGCAAUAUCAAUUUAAAGACAUUACAUACACCAACUAUCACCUUUGAUAUACAAAGCCUCGUCUUGAACUCAACAAAGAAGCUAUUGGCUGUCGUUGGAAGUCAUCAAGUCGUUGUAGUUGUUCUUCCUCGUCCAGGCUACUCUAAAUUGGUUACACCAUUAAUUGAAUGCCGCUCAAUCCAGGUUGGGCAAUAUUAUCAUGCUAUUAAAGGUUCAUCCGAGAUAGCUAAGGUUGAUUGGCAUCCCUGGUCGCUUUCUGCAUCGUCCUUGAUGGUACUUACACGAGAUGCUAACUUCAGAGAGUAUGAUAUCAGUAUUGAUUCAGAGGAUCCACAGCAGAGUAUCUCAUUUGUUCAAGCAGCAGCCAUGCCUGGAUCAGUUACCAACCAACAGUUUUCAAAUAAGAGUAAAGGUUUCAGUGCUGAUGAUGAGAGAAGCACUGAAUGUGUUUCGUUCGAUAUUGGCAGAGGUGACUCUGAUUGGGGCCCUUUGACUCUUUAUGGACUUAUGAAGAAUGGUGAUGUUUUUGCUAUUUGUCCAUUUAUGCCAAAUAACGCACAAGUACCUACAUCAUAUAUUCAAAAUUUGAAGGGUAUCACAGAAGCCAAGCUAAUGAAAGUCACAGAAGAUAGUCUCAUUGAAGCUCGACUGAGUCAACAGAUGAGAUGGUUGAAUGCAGUCGUAAAGCAAAUUAAGCUGGGUGAAGAGAAUAUAGCAGGCUUUAAAUGUAACCCUCCAAGAGCUACAGGAUCUCUGCUUCGUCAGGGUCCUUACUUAGUACAGCCUGCACCAACUGAUGAAGAAUAUGAAUCUGACGCAUCAGAUAUUCUUAUCAUUCGUCCUAAAGAUUGUCCUGUCGAUAUCUUCGUGGUGGCAUUUACUGACGGUCGUGUCGAUAUAUGCUUAGAAGUAGUGAAAGCUGAAGGUCGCUGGUCUUCAAAAGCUGAGUCACAUGCAACGCCACCAAUUAUAUCAACUUAUGAAAGCAUAAAAAUCUUGCAAUCGCAUGACUUUGGAUACCCAACUCUCUCAAAAGAUCCUAUAUAUGAAGAUACAAUUUAUAUUAGUCAUGCAGAAGGUGUACAUGCCUUGGUUUUUAAACCUUGGCUUGAUGAACUCGAUCAGGUUGACAGCCUCACUAGAGAUUCAACACUAGUACAUGUAAUCAGGACAAGUACCACUUCCUCUGCGCAAUCUACCCCGAUCGUUGCGCUUGACGUUAUAAAUGAUGCUUAUUUGGGUUAUUUGCUCUUUGCUCUUACGAACACUAUGCAAAUAUUGCCAUUGGAUUUGUCAUUACGCGUUCAGACAGAUCCUGAAACAAUUGAAACAAAGCCAAAGCCACAGAUGUUGCCAAAGGUAUCUGACAGUGCUACCUCAAAACCAAGCAGUUCCAAUCAAGCAUCAAACGAGGAGCGCAAACUUUACAGUAGUCUUUUGGAAAGUCCCUUCAUACAGGAUCAACCUGAUGGUUCUAAUAAAAUUAAUCUUUCUCAUAAACUUGCACCAGUAAACACUCGUGCUGAAAUCCAAGUUACCCCGCAAACGCUUCGUUAUAUGGGAGGUGUUGUCGAGAAUGUCAGGCAUCAUAAUCAGAAUUCAAUUCAAACUGGCAAUAACAUACAAGAUAGAUUAUCUCUCCAGUUGAAGGAAACUGAAAAGCAAAUAGAAAAGUUAGCACAUGUUGCAAAGAUAGCGACUAAUCCGUCCAAUGAAGCGGGCGUCGGUACAGGAAAGGGUGCCAGAGUAGAAAAAGUUUCUAAUGAACAGAGCGAGUUGUUGAAGAGAAUGGACAAUUUAUUGCAGCGUUUGAUGGACAAGCAUCAACCAACUUUAUCGACACAUGAAAAGAAAUGGUUCGCAGAACUUGGUAGAAUACGUGACGAAGUUAGUGGAACUGAUAGUAAAGGAAGAGCUUUACAAGCUCGCAUGAGCAGACUUUCACAUCAGUUAGAACUCCUUAAACCACAGGUCCAGUCUUAUGAAGCUACUGAAGCAAUGAAACGCAGUCAAACAGGAAUCAUUGGAUCAUCUCAAAUAGCCAAAGUUGAAAGUGUUCUUCAAGACGAAACUAAGGCAAUUGAAGAGCUCCGUGUUAAGCUUGAUACUGUCACAAAGCUUUUGAGAACCGAGUAGAAUUGUAACAUGCAAAUGUAUAAAAUUUAUACAUAUC